AUGCACACAAGAAUUACUGGGCUGUCUGUAGAGAAACAAGUACUGUCUGCAAUAAGAUUAUACGCAACUGGAUGCUAUCAAUGUCCAGUAGGUGAACAAUGGGAUAUUUCGAUGAAUCAAUCAUCAAUCAGCAGAUGCGUUCAUCAAGUUACAGAUGCGAUAAAUGAAAAUAUUUUUCGUCAAUGGGUGCAAUUUCCCAUGACUCUGGAAGCAAGACAGAUUGCAAAAGAGCAGUUUCAGAAUGCUCGUCAACCAUUUGAAGGAGCUAUCGAAGAAAUAGAUUGCACCCACAUGGCGAUCUUUGCUCCUAGGGAACAUGAAGAAGCCUACAUAAAUCACAAUGGAUACCAUUCAUUAAAUGUGCAAAUGACAUGCGACCCAAAUCUCAAGAUCCUGAACGUAAAAGCUAGAUUUCCUGGAGCCAGACAAUGA